AUGAAAAGUCUUGGGUAUUUAAAUUUGGUGAAUGAAAAUCGACAUGCUCUUAAUACAUUAAGACGCAUUAUGGUGCUACCCUUGUUACCUGGAGAUAAAAUCGAUCAAGGCCUAAGAUCUGUAAAGAGAUAUGCACGAAGAAAUGAUAUUAAUGUGAACCUACUAUUUGAUUAUUAUGAAAGGUUUUGGAUUGCCAAAGUAGGAUGUGAUGUAUUAUCUGUUCAUAAUCAACCUAGGAGAACAAACAACCAUCUAGAAUCAUUUCACAAUAAGUUGAGAUAUUCCUUUGGAGUGGCACACCCAAAUCUGUGGACAUUUCUUAAUAAGUUGUGUAAUUUAAUGCAAGAAGAAUUUUUGAAACGUUGUUCGUAUUCCGUGGCAUCAUACGAAGAACGAUUAACAAAUUUUUCACUUAACAUAACAUAUGACAAUGAAAUUGAAGAAGACUAUGGAAUUCAAGAACAAGAAGAUAACAAUCAAGAACCAGAAGAUGUAUUAAUUGAGAGCGAUAAUGAAAGCUACAAUAGACCAGUAAGUGACGAUGAAACCAAUGAAUUAGGGACAAUAGAUGAUGGCGACCAUGAAUUUGACAAUAUCCUGAACGUUAAUGAACCAAAUGAUCUUGGAAUUGAAGACAAUUUUCAGGCAGAAAAUGUAGAUGAUGGCCCUCUGUUGGAAAAUAUAGAUGAUCAAAUGGUGAACAUUCAACAAAAUGAAAGUGGAAACCAACAGGACAAUGAUUGGAAUGAAGAAGAUUUUAUUAUUGAAGAGGAAUUAGAUCCUGAUAUGAUACGGAUGAUGGGAACUGACCAUAGAAUAAGAAUGUUGGAAAUAGAAAAUUUACCAUUUGUUCAGGUUCCGUCUGUUCUUCCUCCAAUUACCAACUCUGAUCGAAUGUGUGUAGUUUGCUCUAUUUCAGAGAAAACGCAUGCGUUCAUACCAUGUGGACACAUAGCUGUGUGUGGUGAUUGCCUAAUAUUAUUAGACCCGCAACGCUGUCCAUUAUGUAACCAGCAAUUUACAGCAUUUUUAAGAAUUUGGUCAUAA